AAAUUUUAUGAUAUUUCCUAUACCCAAAAAUACUUAUAGAGAAGGAGAUCUCAAGGUUCAUCUCUUAUCUUAUCUCCUAGGAACUAAUUAAAAUUCCAUUUUAUGAAGACAUUUUUAAAUUUGUACCUACCUCUCCUAAAACCAAAAUCUAGUUUCACAAAAUCAAUCCUUUUAAACCUCCUGAUGAAAUUCCAAAUGUAAUUAAGUCUAAUAUAUCUUUAUAGGAUGUAAGUACACAAUCUAUAUAUGAUGAUCAUAUUGAUGAACUUCCAAGUUAAAGAAUUCCUCGUAUCACUUAAACAACUAAUCUUAAACCUAAAAAUUAAAUGUAAUUUUAUAAUCUAAUAAUUAUUAAGUCCAUUAAGAUUAUCACUCUCACCCAGAAUUACUUAUAGUAAUGAAUUCUCAACUACUUUAACAUCUAGAACUUGCAAAUGUAUUAAAGAAAUUCCAUGCCUAUAUUUAAAAUCUUACAUCUUUACAAAAAGAACCAUCAUUUAUUUCCAUGCUAAUUGUGAAGAUCUUAAGUCUUCCUACAAUCUUAUAGAUUUCCUCAGACAUAAUAUGAAAAUGAAUAUCUUAGCUGUUGAAUAUCCAGGUUAUGGAAUAUAUUAAGGUGAACCAUCAGAAGAACUAAUCCUAAAAGAUGCCGAAUAUAUUUAUAAAUAUGUGGCAUUUCAUUCUGCCAUAGAAGAAUAAAAUAUAAUACUAAUGGGAAGAUCAAUAGGAACUGGAGUAGCAUGUCAUUUAGCAUCACUUUUUAAACCUGCUAUACUUGUUCUCAUCUCUCCUUUCUUAUCAUUAUAAGAAAUCGUUAAAGAAAAAUAUCCAUUCCUUAGGAAAAUGCUUAAAGAGAGAUUCACUAAUAAAAAUAAAAUCAUUAAAGUUAAAUCACCAAUUUACAUUCUACAUGGACUCAAAGAUUCCAUUGUCUCAGUAGAAUAAGCCAAAAAACUUUAUGGUAUUUCAUAUCUCUCUACAUUUUAGAAUUAUCCAACACCCCAUCUUUAAUUAGAACUCCACCAGAAAUGACACAUACUAAAUUUCAAUUCGAAUAAGAUUUAACCUUGCCACUUAUAGGAUUCAUGAGAUCAUUAAAUAUACUUUGA